AGCCAAAGAAGGAAUCAGUAGGAUGGUGUGCGAGGACAACAGCGACAUGGAGGUCGGGGAGAAGGACCACGACAUGGGCGAGGUGCACGUCAGCUCAGAGACGAUGGCCAAGCGUGCCAAUCUAGCAGGGAAGGUCGCAUCUCUGCAGAGGCGCUUCGAAGUUCCUCCCAGGACUGCCUACGGUAGUCUGCCUACCUCAAGUGCCUCCGUAGACAAUCGUCAGUUGCUACCGAGAUCAAAUAAUUCUAAUGUAGGACAUGAACUGCAUGCCAAAUUGGCACAGGCAUUAGAGGAAAAUGAUAAGAUUUCGACACUCAACAAAUGA